AUGGCUCCUUCUAACCCACUCCAUGUGAAUACACCACUGAGAGAGAGCGUCCUUCUCUCCAAGCUGGCUGGCACCAAGGUCUACCUGAAACUGGAGUGUGCCCAACCCACAGGUUCUUUUAAGAUACGGGGCAUUGGGAAUUUCUGCAAAACGUGGGUGGAACGAGGUUGCAAGCAUUUUGUCAGUUCCUCAGGUGGAAAUGCUGGCCUUGCAGUUGCCUACUCUGCCCGAAUGUUGGGGAUCCCGGCCACCAUCUAUGUCCCCUCCUCUACCCCAGCUUUCACCAUUGAGCGACUAAAGGAAGAAGGCAGCUCUGUGUGUGUUGAAGGAAAGGUACUGACAGAAAGCACAAAAGCAGCUAAGGAGCUGGUGAAGAACAACCCUGAGUGGGUCUAUGUGCCUCCAUUUGAUGACCCCCUGAUUUGGGAAGGUCACAUGUCUCUGGUCAGGGAGAUGAAGGAGCAGAUGGUGUCCAAACCUGGAGCACUGGCACUCUCUGUUGGAGGAGGAGGCAUGCUGUGUGGAGUGAUCCAAGGCCUGCGUGAAGUGGGCUGGGAUGAUGUGCCUGUUGUUGCCUUGGAAACCAAAGGAGCUCACAGCCUGAAUGCUGCCUUGGCAGCUGGGAAGCUGGUGAUGCUUCCCCAAAUUACCAGCAUUGCUACAACUCUGGGGGUGAGCAUCGUGGCAGCAGAGACUCUGAAGCUGGCUCAGGAGCACCCCACUUUAUCAGUGGUGGUCACGGAUCAAGAGGCAGUCGAAGCUCUUGAGAAGUUUGUGGAUGAUGAGAAGAUCCUUGUGGAGCCUGCCUGCGGGGCUGCCUUGGCCAUUGUCUACAGCAGAGUGGUGCAAAAGCUUCAGGCAGAAGGCAAACUGAAGCCCCACCUGGACUCCCUCGUGGUGGUCGUGUGUGGGGGAAACAACAUCACGUUGGCCCAGCUGCAGCAUCUCAAGUCACAGCUGGGCUUCUCGAAUGCUGUGGAGCAGUGGGAUGAUGACUUAGAAGAGAGCCACAUUGCGAUGGCCCUGUGGUCUUCCCAAAACAGAGGCAGCGUUUUUCACACUUCGUUCCAGACACACCGGCCACCCUGUAGUUAUUAA